GGCCGGUUGCUCGUAAGUUGCCGAAAUUUAUUCUACGUCUAUAAUAUUAUUAUUAUUAUUAUCUAUUAACUCACCGUGGCUGGGAAUGCUGGGACUCGCGUCUCUUCGGAAGUCCAGUCGCAAGUCACCCGUUGUACUCGGUCGUGGUUUGACGGACGUUUAUUCGUCCAUCGAUAUUAUUGUUGAUGAUCGUCGUCGCCGAGUGCCCACCACCGCUUGUGAUGUCUCGAAGACGAUCGCCGAUUAAAAAUUACUUUGCUUCCAACCAUAAUAUUGCCGUUUGAUAGUAUAUUUUUCCGAAUGACAGUCGAUUACACGCCAUGUGCGUUCCAGGGUUAUGAGCACAAAAGGGUAGGCCGAUUCGUAUUUUGAGACGGGUACCACCUAGUUGCCAUCGACCCACACUAGUUGGAUCCCAGAUUCAAAAUAUGUUACAAGUGAUCCAUAAAAGCCGGGCCCGUUGUUCUUGUUUGUACUGAAGGACCUCAUUGAUGACGUUAGACAUUAGCAAUGCCGAAAAAAAAACAACAUGGUUAUUACAUAGCACGGCUGGCGCGUGUAGUGGAGCUUUUACACGCUUGGUCUGUCAACCAUUUGAUGUACUAAAAAUACGAUUUCAGUUGCAAGUUGAGCCAUUAUCAAGAAAUUCAAAUAACUCCAAGUACAAAUCUAUUUACCAAUCAAUUAAUCUUAUAUACAAAGAAGAAGGUUUUAAGGCACUAUGGAAAGGUCUUUUACCGGGACAGUUCUUAUCAACUACCUACGGAUUAACACAAUUUUUAGUCUUUCAAAAAACUCUGGCAUUUCUAUCAAUAACUGAGAAAGAAUUAAAUCAGACGUCAAGUGUUCAUUUUCUAUGUGGUGUUUCGUCUGCAGCUGCUGCUACUUUGGUGUCAUAUCCAUUUGAUGUUGUACGCACUCGUCUAGUAGCUCAAAAAUCUAAUCAAAUUUAUGCAAAUAUGAGAAGUGUGGCCAUAUCCAUGUAUAAGACAGAAGGUAUAUUUGCAUACUACAGAGGGUUUUUUCCUACCUUACUGCAAAGUGCUUUGCAAGGCGGUUUCUUGUUCAUGUUUUAUAACACAUUUUCAAAGUUUUCCUCAACGAAUACUAGUACUAAUACGACCAUUCAUGACAACCACAUGAACAGUGUUAAACAAUUCAGCUCUGGAUUCAUGGCGGGGGUAGCAGCAAAAACAAUUGUGUACCCACUAGAUGUAACAAAAAAACGGAUACAAUUACAAGAUUUUAUUCAUUCUAGGGAUGGUUUUGGCAAGAAAUUUAUGUGCAAUGGAUUAUUGGACUGUAUCUAUGUUACACUUCGAGAAGAAUCUAUUUCUGGUCUAUUUAAAGGACUGUCUCCAUCAUUGAUUAAAGCUGGGUUCACGACUGCAUUACAUCUAACCCUUUAUGAACAAACCUUUAAGUUACUUCAACCAUUAGUCAACAAUUAUUAGUUAUAAUAGCAAUAAACCAAUUUGAUUACCAUUCUUUUUAAAAAUGUAGUUCGGAAAUAAAUUACCAAAUAAUGUACAAUUUAAACGUUUAUUUUUCUGGUUUUUAAAUACAAUUGCCAAUUAAAGGCCCAUAUAGUUA